UACAGAAUAACAAGCAAGAAAAGUGGACUAAUUAGAGGGAAAGUCAGAAAAUACUCCUUAUAUUUUGUAGGAUUAAAAUGUACCAGUGUUUUUUAAAACGGUUAAAGCUAGAUUCCUCUUGAUAAACAUAUUUGGGAAAGUAUACAUUAUUUAACUCAAUAAUACAAGAUUAUUUUUGUGAGGGUAAAUGUUGGUGGUAAGCAAAUCAAUUGCAAUUGAGAAAUUUCAAGCCUAGAGUUAAGACUGUGACGUCAAAUGAUUGAGAAAUAUAUAGGAUUGCAAUGUGUAGGGGUUUGUUAUUAAAUGUUUCUGUGGUUCUUAUUAAGAAAAGGUAAAAAUGUUUUUAUUUCUCUUGUAAAUAUUGGUCAUUAUUUUGUGUGUGUGUGUGUGUCUCUUGGGAUAAUGGUUAAGAUCUUUAUCCCCCACCAAAUGUACAGGAAAAGCGCAUGCCAUUUAAAGGAGUUCUGCUGACCUUAGGUGAAUAUUAAGUUGAGUUCUCUAGUUAGAAAAGUAGUGUGCAAAGAGGGAACAAUAAUCUUUCCAGUCCCAGUCACAUUUUAUACUUACAAGUGUUUGGGGACUGUGUUUAUUUGUGUUUUCAACUCAACAUUUUGGGGAAGUUUGUUUCUAUGGAAGUGCAUCUUCAUUUUUAUGAUGGGAGUAAGUGGGUAUAUUGGAUGGACCCUAGAUGGGUGAAGGCUCUGUAUAUACUUAUUAAAAUUCAUUUUGUUCAUUAUUUAAAAUGAAAUUUAUCUGAAAAUCAUAUUUUCAAAACAUCUCUUUGAAUUUCAGACUCCACUGAGGUAUACAAAGACAUUGUUGCUUCCAGUCGUUCUGGUUGUGUUUAUUGCAAUAGUUAAAAAGAUUAUUAGUGACAUGUGGGGUGUCUUAACUAAACAACAGGCACAUAUAAGAGCUCAGAACAUCACUUAUUCAUACUUCAAAUUCCAUCCGUACACUCCUACGUAUUUCUUAUUCCAUUUCAGAAAACACCAGUUUGAUCAUGGAGAGCUAGUUUAUCAUGCAUUGCAACUGUUAGCAUAUACAGUCCUCGGUAUCUUGAUUAUGAGACUAAAACUCUUCUUGACACCACACAUGUGUGUUAUGGCUUCCUUGAUCUGUUCAAGACAGCUGUUUGGAUGGCUCUUUUGCAAAGUACAUCCUGGGGCUGUUGUUUUUGCUGUAUUAGCAGCAAUGUCAAUACAAGGUUCAGCAAAUCUGCAAACCCAGUGGAAUAUUGUAGGGGAGUUCAGCAAUUUGCCACAAGAAGAACUUAUAGAAUGGAUCAAAUACAGUACUAAACCAGACGCAGUGUUUGCAGGUGCCAUGCCCACAAUGGCAAGUGUGAAGCUCUCUGCGCUUCGGCCCAUUGUGAAUCAUCCGCAUUAUGAAGAUGCAGGCUUAAGAGCCAGAACGAAAAUAGUUUACUCAAUGUAUAGUCGAAAAGCAGCUGAAGAAGUGAAGCGAGAAUUGAUAAAGUUACAAGUGAAUUAUUACAUUCUAGAAGAGUCCUGGUGUAUAAGAAGAUCCAAGUGA